UCUCUCAACUCAAAAUUCACCGACCUAGCAGCUUAUAAUUCUCAUUUCCCCUCUCUCUCUCUCUCUCUCUAACUUUUCUCCAUCUCCUUCCAUGGCGGACAAUCACAAGUCGAAGGAUGCUAUCAUGGUGCUGACAGUGGAUUUGCAGUGCCAUCGAUGCUAUAAUAAAGUCAGGAAAGUUCUCUCCAAAUUCCAUCAAAUUCGAGACCGGAUUUAUGAUGAAAAAUUGAACGCUGUGAUUAUCAAAGUGGUUUGUUGCAAUCCUGAGAAGUUGAGAGAUAAUAUUUGCUGCAAAGGGCGUGGGGUUAUUAAGAGCAUUGAGAUCAAAGAGCCUGAAAAACCCAAGCCCCCUCCGCAAAAACAAACCGAUCCUCCGCCGGAGAGAUCAAAAGACUCUCCUCCGGCAGCGAAACCCGCCAACCCUACGAAGCAAAAACACCCACAACCUCCGGCGGGGAAGCCAGCGGCUGCACUAACACCGGCUCCGCCGCAGAUUCUCACUCCGGUCCAAUCCGACCCGGUUCUCGGGUACCCGCUGGCGUACCCGUUUGGGACGGGCUGUAGACGGUGCUACGAAGGGAUUGGUUGCGGCCCAUGUUAUCAAGGGUACGGUAGGCCCGGCCCAUGUUGUGAUGGCUGCGCUUCUGGAAGGCCCAUUUAUAACAGUUGCGGCGGAGGGGGGCCCUGUUACGUCAGCUACUCUGAGCAUCUUAAUGAAAAAAAUGCAGCUGGAUGCAGUGUCAUGUGACAGGUGGCAGUCUGUGAGUGGUGGUCAUUCGUGUUUACGGGUAAACUUAGGGGUGAUCGGUUGGAUGUUUUGCUGGUUUAUUAAGUUGGGUUUGUUAAACCUUUAGUUUAUUAAGUCUGUGUUUGGUUGGUGCAGAAAUAGAUUUAUUAAGUUUGAAUUUGUUAA